AUGGAGAAGAUUCAUACGCUUACCCGCGAAACGCAAGAGCGAUGGAUGCAAAUUGAAUCUUUAUGUGGUUUUCCUCUCCUCUAUAUAAAUGGUAAUUUUCAAACUUUAUCAAGUGGUACCGUGCGUUGUUUUCCAUGCAUGAUAUUUCUUUCACUACUGUGCGCGUCUUCACAAUUAGAAAAAAGGGCAUGGCCUACUUGGCAUACUCGAAAGCGGCAACGCCGGUUGUUUGAAAGUCCACGUUCACAUUUUAGAAGUGAAAAAAAAUAGCGACGGACAAAAAGAGAAGACUUUCAUUUAAAGAAGAAUACUUAAGUUUUAAACCUGGGUCCGCUACGCAGGUCGAGCUCACUUCUGUUUAUGAGGGUGACAAAAUGCCGAUACUCCCAGGGGUCAACAAUGCCCGUAGUCAAGCCUGAGGGGGGGGGUCAGGCUUGUUUUUACGUAUAUUAGGCCCGACACGGUAUUGCGUUUUGGGCGAUUUAAGGUUUACAAGCCUGACAGAUGAAUAUUUUUAGAAUCAUCUCCAUCGGGAUCAGUAAAGAUCGCUAUUCGACCCGCCGUUGUACAAGAAGACAAUUGGGAAGUAAGUUAUGUUAAAAAGGAAUCUCCAAAGUUAAUCUGAAUUUCUUGAAAACCGUCCGAUGACUGCUAUCGUACUAUAUCUCUCGAUAUUUUCCCCCUGAAAAAAUUACAUAGCUUUUAGUAAAUUAUUAUUUGAACGAAAUCGCAUCGAAUUUUCGGAGUUUUAUGAGAGCCUGGUUAUUAAUUUAGGUCUUUGUUUUCGUGAGAUUCUCGAGUAACCUUCCGGGGACCAUGAUUAGGGACCGCAGCGGGUUUUACGAAACUCAAAAUUUCUAUAAGAUGGUUGGAAUGCGUUCCCCUACUCUACUGUUGAAAAAAAAAAGUUUCGACAUUAGAAUCGAAGCUGGCAGCGUGCCAAGGCCCGGCCUCCCAAACGCAUAUGCUGCGCGGGGUUGUUGCAACAUUGCCGCACGCUUUAUUGUUCUUCGUUUUUGUCUUUAUUUUUCGGCUAAAAAUCAGCAGAAAUUUGGUUAUUCUCCUUUUUUACUCGUAUUUAUUCAUUUCAAUUGUCUUUUGCUAUAAAAAAUCAACUUUGAAAACAGGUUUAUCGAUUUUUAGCUUGAAUUUUCGAACAUUUCUCGAUUUCUGUUUUUCUCCUUUCGAUUUCGCUGAAUUUGAGAAUUUUCAGGAUUUCCGCCUACGGAAAACUCGAACAAGCAACAAAAGGGCAUGGAUUUCUUCUUUUCGUGUUAGUUUUUGACAUAACAACAAUUUUCUCUCCGAUCAACGUUUACAGAGCGUCUUCUCCACUUCGCCGUCAGCACACAACGGAAUACAAAAAGCUGUCGUGUUAGCUUGAAGAAGAACGAGAUUAUUUUCUCUCCGACCGUAUUUUCAGAGUCCGUGGACGCUUCAAUCCGGAAAAAAGGAGAAGAAAAUAGAAUAUCACUGAUAAUUAGAGUGACGUGUCGACACGAAAAUCGAGGAAAUGUCGGGUCGAUUAUCGAAGGGGAUGAUCGACAAAAAUAAUGUCGAUCGACAAAAAAUGCGCGGACUGUCGACAAAUUAUCGAUCGACAACACUUGCCCAAUUUACUUGUCGACAGAAUGUCGAUAGUCGACAAAAUAUUUUUUGUCGACAAUCGACAAUGUCGAUAAUCGACAAUCGCUCAUUGUCGAUAGUCGACAAACUGUCGACAAUUUGUCGACAAUUUGUCGACAUUCCCGUGGCCUAGAAAACAUCACGUGUAGUCCGAGAGGACAAUAAAUUAUCAUUAUUUUUCGAAACUUUUUUUGUGUUUAUUACUUUUUUUGUACAUAUGACAAUUGUUAUAACUAGGGGCCACAACGGGUUUCACGAAACUCAAAAAUUCUAAAAAUUUGCUGGAAUGUGUUCCCCUACUCUAUAUGAGUACGCUCCCAAUUUUUUUUCCAAAAUUUUCGGUACAUCCCGAGUUACGCCCAUUCAAAGUUGGCCUGUUUUCUCCCGGUCGGCGGCAGAGGAGGGGGCGGAGUCUCGCCUGCAAGUCCGCCGCACGCGUUUUUCGCCUCUGUUUGGUGGCUGAAACCAAAGAGGCAACAUAUAAAUUGAAGAAAAAUGAUGUUCUAAAAAAGCAAAACAUCUUUCAAGGUCAAAAGUUUCGAACCCGACACCUCCAGACUGCCGAGUGAGCACUCUGCCACUGCGCCAAACGGGCGGGGGCGCGCCGACCACCAAUGGCAAUGAGAACGUCGGUUUGCGCGGCCCCCUUCCAGGCCACGGGAAUGUCGACAAAUUGUCGACAAAUUGUCGACAGUUUAUCGACUAUCGACACUGAGCGAUUGUCGACUAUCGACAAUGAGCGAUUGUCGACAAUCGACAUUGUCGAUUGUCGACAAAAAAUAUUUUGUCGACUAUCGACAUUCUGUCGACAAGUAAAUUGGGCAAGUGUUGUCGAUAGAUAAUUUGUCGACAGUCCGCUGUCGAUCGACAUUACUUUUGUCGAUACUGUCGACAUAAAUUUCCUCGACUUUUAUCGACUUUUCGACAAACUCUCAUGUCGACACGUCACUCUACUGAUAAUAAAAUUCUUUCACUUUUCUUGUCAUUUAAUUUAUUGUAAAACGUAAUAAAUACAUCUAAAAUAAUUGGUAUUAGUGCCAAUUCAUACUGUCCGCUGCAGCGGGAGAUGCUUCUUCAACUUUCACUUGUGUGCUGACGGCGGAGUGGAGAAGACGCUCUGUAAACGCUGAUCGGAGAGAAAAUUAUUGUUACGCCAAAAAAUUACACGAAAAGAAGAAAUCCAUGCCCUUUUGUUGCUUGUUCGAGUUUUCCGUAGGCGGAAAUCCUGAAAAUUCUCAAAUUCAGCGAAAUCGAAAGGAGAAAAACAGAAAUCGAGAAAUGUUCGAAAAUUCAAGCUAAAAAUCGAUAAACCUGUUUUCAAAGUUGAUUUUUUAUAGCAAAAGACAAUUGAAAUGAAUAAAUACGAGUAAAAAAGGAGAAUAACCAAAUUUCUGCUGAUUUUUAGCCGAAAAAUAAAGACAAAAACGAAGAACAAUAAAGCGUGCGGCAAUGUUGCAACAACCCCGCGCAGCAUAUGCGUUUGGGAGGCCGGGCCUUGGCACGCUGCCAGCUUCGAUUCUAAUGUCGAAACUUUUUUUUUUCAACAGUAUAUGAGUACGCUCCCAAUAUUUUUUUUUCAUACUUGAACGCUUCUGUUCAACAAUCGCCCCCGGCAGUGCAAAAAAGGGGGCACAGCUCAAUGAAUGUAACCGUACCCCUAAAACUACGGUAUUUUUUGAAAAUUUGUUAAUUUCUUGCGCAAGAAAAACCUGCCGUUUUUACGGUUUUUCCGAGACUUUGGACGCGGCAUAAAGAAUAGCCCCCUUUUUUGCACUGCCGGGGGCGAUUGUUGAACAGAAGCGUUCAAGUAUGAAAAAAAAAUAUUGGGAGCGUACUCAUAUAGAGUAGGGGAACGCAUUCCAACCAUCUUAUAGAAAUUUUGAGUUUCGUAAAACCCGUUGCGGUCCCUAAUCAUGGUCCCCGGAAGGUUACUCGAGAAUCUCACGACGAUUUGUUAAUUUCUUGAGGAUAUUUGAAAAUAUUGAAAUUUCUUGCGCAAAUUUUCAAAAAAUACCGUAGUUUUAGGGGUACGGUUACAUUCAUUGAGCUGUGCGCACCCCCGUUUUUCACGCAAAUUUCGGCCGAGCCGAACAGCCCCACACUUAGAAAAGCCCCCCACUCUAGUGAAACUCAUUAAAUGAGAACUGUGUGUUUUCUGAAUUUCAGGCAAAACACAUCGAAAACGGGUGAAAAAACAAUCAUAGCGACGAAAAAGUAAAAAAAAAACAACUUGUUUCACGGUCUCCCAGGGCGGUAAUGCUAAACACAGUGCGCUCGUAAAUUGCGGAGUGUCGUUGUAACUUUUGAAAAUUUGCAGGUCUGACAAAGGGGGGGACUUUAUUUGAAUUUACCCGCAUUUUUUUCUACAUAUACUCAAUUUACCGCUCUUGCCCCCUCGGUGUUUGCGUACUCAAGCCUAAUCUCUGGGAACUCAAUCGCAAUCUAAUUAGAAAACUUUGCAAUCUAAUACGAACUCGUUUGAAAUAGAAUUUGCUUCAAUUAGAUUGCAAAAUCUUCUAAUUAGAUUACAAUCACUGCAAUUUUUCUAAUUAGAUUGCAAUGUUUUCUAAUUAGUUUGCAAUUUAUUCUUAUUAGAUUGCAAUUCAGGAAAAAUAUAUUGUAAUCUAAUACGAUUUUACUGGAACUUCAAUUAAAUCUAAUUAGAUUGCGAAAUAGAUAUUUUUCUUAUUAGAUUGCAAACUCUUCUAAUUAGAUUGCAAUCGAGUUUCCAGAGAUUUCAGAAAUUUUGGCUUGAGUCUGUAAACACCGAGGGGCAAUAGCGAUGAAUUGAGUUUAGGUGUUUUGAGUUGCGUGCCGGCAGUUCGGGCGAGUGGGAGAGGCCUGGUUCGGGGAAAAAUUUGGCAGCCAUAAGCAAUCUCUGGCAAUUCGAUAUUAAUCUAAUUAGAAAGUUACUGAUCUAAACGCGACCUAAUUAGAUUCGACUGUUUUUUCUUGGCGCAAUCGAGAUUUGAGCCAGCAGACGGUUGGCGUGAAACUUGAUUUGAGCACUUAUCAAUCUAAUUAGAAGAUUUAUUAAUCUAGCUAGACAAUUUAUUAAUCUAAUUAGGUGUCAUAUCAAUCUUAUUAGGCCGCCGUAUAACUCGACAAGACUGCGAUUUGAUUAAUAACGAAAUGCCAGAGAUUGCGAAGUUUGCCGGGGGGAAUUGCCUCACCACCAGCGUCUUGUACCGCGCCGGGCUUUAAAACGACAACUAUGAAAUUUUCAGUCGAGUAGUUCAGUCUCUACAAAUGUUCGUUUUGUUCCAAAAGCCGAUGACUCAGAAUUGGAAACCUGUGCAGAAUCUGGUGAUCUUGUCGAUAUUCGAGGGUCAAUAAACGACGGAAUCGAAUGUCAACCGGUUGUAAAGUGAGUUCCUGUAUUUUAUUGUUCUGUAAACUCAAUUCAUCGCUAUUGCCUCUCGGUGUUUGCAGACUCAAGACAAAAUUUCUGAAAUUACUCUGGCAUUUCGUUAUUAAUCUAAUCGUAGUCUACUCGAGUUAUACGGCGGCCUAAUAAGAUUGAUAUGACACCUAAUUAGAUUAAUAAAUUGUCUAGCUAGAUUAAUAAAUCUUCUAGAUAGAUUAAUAAGUGCUCAAAUCAAGUUUCACGUAGGGUUGGCAGCGGGGCGCCCCCUCGCCCCCGACCGGUUUUUCCAAAAGCGAGCAAGAAUUUUUUUAAAAAUUUUUCUCAACGCACGUCGAUAGUGAGUAAACGCAUUAAUCUACUAAAUUUUUUACAGAAUUUUAAUUACACAUUAAGGGCCCGGGGGCGUGUGGGGCGAGGGGGCGCCCCGUUGCCAAUCCUAGUUUCACGCCAACCGUUUGUUGGCUCAAAUCUCGCUUGCGCCAAGAAAAACAGCCGAAUCUAAUUAGGUCGCGUUUAGAUCAGUAACUUUCUAAUUAGAUUGAUAUCGAAUUGCCAGAGUUAGGCUUGAGUCUACAAACGCCGAGGGGGCAAGAGCGGUAAAUUGAGAGAACCAGUGCGCUCCCGAGAAUAUACCAAAACUCAAAGCAAAAAAGAACAAUGUCGGUAACUAUAAAUAUUGUAUCAGCACCUCAACAUUCUGGCAUUGUCGCGCUACCACAGUUCCACGUGAAAACCCGAUUGCAGCUGCGAGUUUUUCAAAUUUAGCGCUGAAUUUAUGUGAAGAGCGGUACAGCGCGAUUGCCAGACAUUUACAGUAGCAAUAGCACUCAUUUCAAAAAUUAUAAAGCAGUCUUAACAGCGAAAUAUUUUCAGAGAUACGCAGCUCGAAAAUCGUCUAUCCCUAGCUACUGUUCGAACAACAAUCGAAAGCCCUUAUGUGAUCGUGAAGAAACGAAGAAAUAUUUUUCCGAAACUGUUUCGCAGGAAUACAUCGAAAAGUAGCCUCGGAAGUUCAUCACUUGUGAAUUCUUGAAUUCGACUUGAUAAUGCAAUCCCUUACCUAAUACAAUUUUUAAGAGAUUUAAUUUUUCCUCGCCUUUGUGCCGGCCGUGUCCGAAUCUAGGGAAAAUUUGGCGACCAGCCAUGAGAAAGCCGAGAUAUAUUUAAUUAUUCUCAAUUACCAUCAAAUUAAGCUUCCUGCUUCCGUCCGACCAAAAAAUAAAAGCAACGCGUCAAAAAAGACCACGCCCCUUUUUCUCUUCCCGCGCAAUUUCGGAUUUUGCCGCGGAAGUUUUUUCUAAGCUUUUUGAAGUAGUGCGAAUGCAACGAGAUCUCUCGACACCCCGUCAGGGCUGGGAAAUUGGCCGGAACGUACUUUUCGUUGGCCGGCCCUUGACCUGGACUUUUGAACCACUUGCAAUAUUCCGAUCGGACCCAAACUUUGCAGGCUUCUUGGACAUGGGUUGAAGCCUACUGGGACCAAGUUUCAGCCCGAUCGGAGCAUCUGGUCCCGAGAUAUGUGGAUCAUUGGCCGAAAUUGGCCGGAAGCCCGGGCUUUUUGGAAAAAAUCGGCCAAUGA